AUGGCACCGCCGUGGUGCUUGUGCCGGGCGCUGCUGCUGCUGCUGCCGCCCGCCCUCGCCCUCCUCGGCCUCGCCACCGCCGCGGGGCCGCGCCAGACCCCGGCGCUGGAGCUGGCGCAGGAGCUGUGGAGCGCGGGGCUGCCCGGGGACCUGCCCGAGCUGGAGCCCGAGUGCCGCAGCUUGCUGGCCGACUUCGCGGAGGGCAGCGCGGCGCUGACGGGCUGCCUGGGCCGGCGCGCCCGCCCGGUGCGGCUGUGCCAGGGCUGCCACGGCCACUACCGCCGCCUGCUCGCACAGUACGGCAGCAUCGCCCGCGCCGUCGGGAAUUCCUCUGAAAGCCACAACUGUGCCAAAAGCAUCUUGACCUCAGACAGGCUGCAGAUAGUUGUGACCCUUUCGGAGUUCUUCAACGAAACCUGGGAGGCAGCCAACUGCGCAAAUUGUUUAAAGAAUAACAGUGAGGGAUUAUCAAAUUCUACUGAAGAAUUCCUGGAUUUAUUCAAUAAAUCCCUGACAUGUUUUGAACAUAACCUUCAGGGGCAAGCCAUUGAUCUGUCACCAAAUAACUACACAGAGGUGUGUAAAAACUGCAAUGAAACCUACACAAAACUGAAUGACCUGUAUAACCACCUGCAGAGGAUGAACAGGCAAGGUGGUGAAUCUGAGCACUCCGCACACUUGUGUAUCGACGUGGAAGAUGCAAUGAACAUCACUCGGAAGCUUUGGAGCAGGACUUUCAAUUGUUCUCUUCCCUGCAGUGACACAGUCCCAGUGAUUGCAGUUUCAUCCUUUAUUCUCUUCCUACCUAUUGUUUUUUAUCUUAGUAGUUUCCUUCACUCAAAGCAGAAGAAACGGAUACUCAUUUUGCCCAAGCGCAUCCAGUCAAAUGCCAAUCUUGUGAACAUCCAAGAAAAAUACAGCUGAGCUGCAAAACAAAACCUGAGAACUGCUGCUGGUAUACAGUGGGUACAAUUGUGUUGGAAUGAGGCCGGCACAAAAGAGGAGUUAAUUAUGGUUUAGUGUAAUGAUACAGAGCAACACAAGUUAAACAAAAUGCUGUCUGACUUCUAAGCGAGGAUAUUAACAAACAUGACAAGGCAGGGCUGUGUGACACUGUAUGGACUCUGGUUUUGAAAAAUCUGUGGUGGCUUUUUUUUUUCAGUCUUGGGCUGAAGCUGGUGUUUUUCUGUUCCUAAGCUUUUGUACUUCACAUCAGUAGAAUAGCUACACUUCCCUUGCAUGGUAUUUUCUGUGUUUGUUUCAUAAAAAACUGGUAUUUUGAAUCUUUUUGAGGUGAUUUUGAUAGACAAAAUUUCAAAUAAUGUUUGAUAUUUCUGCUUAAAACAUUAUUUUUAAUUCCACAGAAUAUUCAGACUUGGGAUGGAAGGAACCCUUUAAAAAGUUCCCAUCUUUUCUAUACCACUGAAAAGUCAUGCUGGCAUCUGUUAAAAAAGAGGCAUGAAAUAUACAGAGAAAGUGGUAAUAUAUACUGUCUAAAAUGGCAACAAAAGCAGCACAACUGCCAGAACUGGACUUGAAUAGUAAUUAUUGAUGGCUACAGUAUUGUGUUUUCUCUGAAACUGGUGGCAUAUUGAGUCUUUUGCACACUUUAACCACUAAAAUCGUUGCUUUUCAAAUCUUACAUUUUCAGAAGCUAAUCUUACCUACCUGCUUGUGUAACAAGGUUUCACUCUCUGUUUAUUAUGCCAUUUGCUUUCCUUCUUAAUUCUAACAUUUUGGUGGUUUUUUAUGUUUUUGUAGAAGAGAAGUGAGGUAAAGUCAAGUCACUGGAGAUGCUGAAUUUCCUGGUCUAGAGCUUACUGUGGCUUAAUACAGAGUUGUUUACAGGAAUUUUGUAGGGAAAAAGUUGUGUUUUCUAGGUAAUGUGUUUUAGCAGUAAGUGAACCAGUGGGUUCUCUUACUUGAAACCUGUUCUGAAGAACGUGAAUAUACUGUGUUGGGAAUUGGUGACUUUCAAGAAAUAGUUUAAAAAUAUUAUUCCUGUGAAAUAGAUGGG